CUCUACACUCUCCCUCGUACCACACCCUCCAGACGACCAUAUACACAAUGUCUCUCACGAACCUCGAUCUCAUCAACGCUGUCGACGGCUUCCCUUACUACCAAGUCGACCCCGACCUCUACGCCGCCAGCAUAUCCACCUACUACGAACUUCGCGUCACAGACCACGCCUACGCCCUCGGCUACAUUCUCCCUUCCGUCGCCGAAGUCUUCCGCGGCGUCGCGCAUUGGGACCUCGACGACGAAGACCGCAUCCUCACGCUGACCGGCGGCACCACUGCUGCCGAGCGCUCCGCCGUCGUUGCUACCACACUCGAGGCCCUGCGCAAGACGGGACACUUCAAGGUCCUGGAUAAAUGGCGGAACGAGCUGUAUCCCGUGUACGGACGCAACAAGGAGCUGCUGUUUGAUGUGGAGCGCGCAGCGAGCCCGCUGUUUGGCGUCGUUACGUACGGCGUGCACCUGACUGCGUAUGUGAAGCGGGACGAUGGGCUGAGGAUAUGGGUGCCGCGGAGGGCGAAGACGAAGCAGACGUAUGGGGGCAUGCUGGAUAAUGCCGUUGCGGGCGGCAUUGCGACGGGGGAAGUCGCGUUUGAAAGUUUGGUCCGCGAGUGCGCGGAGGAGGCAUCGCUGCCUGAGGAUUUAGUGAGAAGUGAGGCGAGGACUGUUGGGUGCAUCACAUACUUCUACGUCAGGGACAAGAGCGCGGGUGGGGAGACGGGACUGAUGCAGCCGGAGGUAGAGUACGUCUAUGACCUUGAGUUGCCCGAGGACAUCGUACCCAAGCCGGGCGACGACGAGGUCGAGCAGUUCUAUCUGUGGACUGUAGACGAGGUGAAGGACCAUCUGGCGAAGGGCGAGUUCAAGCCGAACUGCGCGGCGGUCAUGAUCGAUUUUUUCAUACGGCACGGCAUGCUGACACCGGAGAACGAGAAAGACUUCAUCGAGAUUGUGGCGCGGCUGCACCGCAAGUUCGAAUUUCCUACCCUAUGAAGUAGAGCAGGAUGUAGAAGAUCUAAGGACGCCUCUCACUCUGGGGGUAUCCGUGAAGCAAAAUAGACUAGACAACCCAAUGAUACCACUCCGCCUUUUU